ACUUCAUUUGUCAUUGGCACUAACACAUUCUCUUACAAAUAUUUUGUAUCUUUAGAACAAAGAGAGUUCAUUCAUAGACAUGAAUACUUCGAUGGUAGCUUCUUUUCUAGUUUUGUUAUUGGCUUUUCCUUAUGUAUUUGCAACUGAUUACACUGUUGGUGAUGCUAAUCAAUGGACUCAAGGGAUUGAUUACACUACAUGGACUUCUGGAAAAACUUUCAAAGUUGGUGAUAACUUAGUGUUCAAGUAUGGAGGAACUCACCAAGUGAAUGAAGUUGAUGAGAGUGAUUACAAAAGUUGCAGUUCAAGCAACACCAUAAAGAAUUACAAUGAUGGAGAUUCAAAGGUUCCAUUAACAAAAGCAGGAAAAAUUUACUUCAUAUGUCCAACACCAGGUCAUUGUACCGGUGGAAUGAAACUUGAAGUCAAUGUUGUUGCUGCUAGCACCACCCCAACUCCAAGUGGCACCCCUCCAACAACAAAAACUCCUGCUCCAUCAACAACACCAUCAACCACACCAUCAACCACUCCAUCAACUACUCCAUCAACUCCAUCUUCUGAGACUAAUUCAACUUCUCCAUCAUCACCAAAGGAUAGUGGAGCUAUCAGUGUUUCUAAUGGUGUUGGUCUUUUGAUGGGUUCUUUGUUUGUGGUUUUGGGUUUCAUGGGCUAGGGAAGAGACAGUGCAAUUAUUGCUAUUAGUCAUUUUGGUUUUAUGUGUUAUUGGUUUUUGUUGAAUUUGGUUUAAUUUUAUUUAAUGAUUUGAGAUGUAUAUCUUAUCUUCACCUUGAUGUGUAUCAAUUUUAAUGAAAAUGAAAAAAAAAACUUUAUUUUAUGACCACUUGUUCA